AUUCAUGGAUUUAAAUUCAAAAGAGAAGCCCCCAGCACAUGAAUAUCGUUAGUACCAGGGUGUGUCUGUUUGGAAGAGACUCCAUUGGAGGAAGAAGAGGAGACAUGGCUACACUUAAAAUACUAGUAUUACUCAUGGCACUGAUAGAAUCAAGUCACCAGCAGCUGGAAAGUAUACCAGUAUGCCAGUGUGCUCCUCGGUUUCCAACGGAGUCUGAGAUUAGUGAAGCUCCCAACAGUACAUACCAAUCCUUUACAGCUGGAGCAACUAGAGUCAUAACGACACUCAGUUUCCACUGUAGAGGAACCAUUAGGACCGUGAGUUAUAGAGGCUCUAUGAUAGAAUGUAAUGGAGCAGCUGCUUAUAAUGGAGAUGAUGAUAGUAAUGAUUUUGAAGUGCAGCUGUGGAGACUGAAUGACACUACGUAUAUGUACCAGCUGGUCCAGAGACAGAACUUGAGCUACCCAACGUCAGAGUACAGUCUUAACUGGCCUUACGAGAACGGGGACGUCAUUGGGUUCCACAUACCAGCCAUUAGUGAUCAGUGUAUGACCAAUGAUUGGAGAGUCUUUAGGAUAAGAGAGCUCUCUGAUAAAAGUUCUAGGUACUAUAGUAUCAAUGAAACACUGACAGAGUUCAGUAUGUUCAAUUACCAACUGGAGGAAGGACUAGCACCUGCCAUUACUGUUACAACAGAUCAAGACUUUGAUUUAAUAUGUAUCAUUGCCCUACCAACAGGGGCACUGCUAGCACUGAUAUUCUACUGCAUAGUCUGCUGUGCUGUCAUCUGCUCCAUCAGGAAAGAGAAAGAUAAGAGAAGGAGUGUCCAAGGAGCACUAGAAAUAACCCACACGACUCCGCAGUAUGACGAUGAUGAAGAGAUUGAUGCCACUGAGCUAAGGCCAUUAAAUGCAACUCGAUCCUUGCCAAGACCACAAGUACAGUCGACAUCUUCACUGGGUCGUACUCAACAUGGUCAAAAUCGACCCAGGGCUGUCACAGCUCCAAUUAUUCCCAGUGAACCAGCUAAUCCUUACGAUACUAUUGACCAGGUGGUACCACCGGCACUCCCUCCUCGUAACCUAACCAACAGACACACUCCUUCUUCACCAACUGUGUCCAUACCACCUGGUUCCAUAGGAUCCCAUCAGUCCUCCAGACCAGUCAGUUCCUCAUUCUCAGCUGGGAGCAUUCAGCGAGCCAAUAAACCACCUCCUCUUAAUCUCCAUAAUGUAAACUCACAGCAACGCUUACCAACCACGCCACCAUCACAGGCAACUAGUAGUCCAAUGUCUUCAUUUAGUACUCCACCAGUUAUAUCGGAGACACACCCACCAAAUGUUCCUUCAACUGAGGCACCUCCAGUCUCGUAUGGUAAUGUACCACCUGCUGGUGUCCCUCCAUAUGUUAAUGUACAAGUACCAGAUACUUCCAUUGCUUCAUAUGGUAACAUCCCAUCUAACGAUUCCCCUUCUAUUGCUGCUUAUGGUAACGUCCCAUCUAACGAUUCCCCUCCUAUUGCUGCUUAUGGUAACGUCCCAUCUAACGAUUCCCCUCCUAUUGCUGCUUAUGGUAACGUCCCAUCUAACGAUUCCCCUCCUAUUGCUGCUUAUGGUAAUGUCCCAUCUAAUGAUUCCCCUCCUAUUGUUGCUUAUGGUAACGUCCCUUCAAACGGAUCUCCUCCUAUUGCUGCUUAUGGUAAUGUACCAGCAGCAGCUGAUACCCUACCAGCUGCAGAGUAUGGUAAUGUCCCUCCCCCCGUCCCUCCUCCCCCCGUCCCUCCUCCUCCUCCUGCCGUCCCUCCCCCUCCCCCUCUCCCUCCUCUCCCUCCUCCUGUCCCCCCUCCCCCUGGCGAGGGUACAUCUCCUGCUUAUGGUAACGAAGAGGAGCAUGAUUCGUACAUAUUUGGACAUAACCCACACUUUGAUGAGUUUGAUGAUGAACCAGAAGAUGAAUACGUCAUAGCUGGUUCCCUCAAUACUUCUGGAGGUGAUGGAUAUGCAAGCAUGGCUGACAAUAGGAAUUCUGUAUUGUUUUAAACAUUACAUGCAUACUCACGACAAACCACACCCACAACAAACCACACCCACAGGAACACACUGUAUGAUAUUGUUCCACAUGUAGAAUAGUCAUAUUAAUAAUAAUAAUAAUAAUUUUUUUUAAUUUUAUUACAAUUACUGUACACAUUAAUGUUAUAAAUAACUUACUUUUAA